GUAAAGCUAAGCUGAACCAUCUCGCCUUCUUCGCACAUUACACAAUACUAAAAGAUGCCUCAAGAUUCCGCCUCUGAUCUUCUCCGUUCUGAUGAUUCUUCCCUCUCAGCUCUGUUUCAUGAGGAUGAGGAUGGUGAUGGUCAUGCCCCAUUUACCGAUGAUGAAUGUGCUCAACGCUUGCAGUUUCAGGAAACCCUUGACUCUUCCUCGAUCACUUGCCAAGAGCCAAACAAGGAUCCUCCUCCUCCUCCUCCUUUACUCCUUUUACCUUCGUCUUCAUCACCUUCUCCUCCUUUAAAAAUGCCUGACAAUUGCCCUCCCCCAGAAACUGACCCCGUGAAAUGCUCAAAUGAAACGGGCGAGUCCUCGCAGGUCAUCUGCGAAAUCUGUGCAGAAACUAAAGAGGCUUCCCAGAUGUUCAGAAAUCAGAGAUGUCACCACUCGUUUUGUUCUGAUUGUGUCACUAAACAAGUGGCCAUAAAAAUUCAGGAUGGUAUAACGGUAGUUUCCUGUCCUGGUUUGGAUUGUAAAAGUGUUCUUGAGCUUGAUGCUUGUCGGCCAUGGAUUCCCAAGGACUUGCUUGAAAGGUGGGAUCAGGCUUUGUGCGAAGCUCUGUUUCUGGCAGCCCCUAAAUAUUAUUGUCCCUUUAAGGAUUGCUCAGCUAUGUUGCUCAUUGAGAAUGAAGAACGAGAAGAUCAUCAAGCUAUAAGGGAAGCAGAGUGCCCUGUUUGCCACAGACUGUUCUGCGCAAAGUGUGAUGUUCCAUGGCAUCCUGGAGUUAACUGUGAGGAAUUUCAGGGAAUGGAUGAGAAUGAGAGAAAGAGAGAAGAUCUGAUUGUGAUAGAGCUUGCUAAAGAGCAGAAAUGGAAAAGGUGUCCCCAUUGUAGGUUCUUUGUGGAGAAGACAGAAGGAUGCGUGCACAUCGUUUGUAGGUCAGUUUUUCUUACUGCUACUUCGUACUCAAGUAGUCAUAUGACAAGCUUUUUGUUUGGCUUUACUGUGUUGAAAGUUUUAUCCAUCUGUUAAAUUUUUUUGUAUAAUCCUGGGUAUUAUUUUGUUGAAAGCAAUUAUGUUCAAAACACCAUCGGUCACUAAAUACAACAC